AUGGCGCCCAUCAAACCGGACACAAACGGGCAUCAUCACGACCAAGCUGCGGCUUCCCGGUCAAUGACAGCCGAGGCCUUCGCCGACGGUCGCGUAGAUGAGUCAACUUCACUGCUAGGGUCCCAGGGUGCUACGCGUUCUGUCAGUGCUGAGCGCGAUUCCAGCUCUCCGUAUGGCUCGUCUCCUCAAAACGACAGUGCUGAUGACGAGGAUGAGGAUGAGAAACCUCUACCCAUCACCCAGAUCCUACUACUUUGCUAUGCCCGAGUAAUCGAGCCAUUGGCCUUCUUUUCCAUCUUCCCCUAUGUCAGUCAAAUGGUCCAAGAGAAUGGGAACGUCCCAGACUCGGAUAUCGGCUUCUAUAGCGGGCUCAUCGAGUCGCUAUUCUCUCUGACACAAGCCCUCGUCAUGCUUCUAUGGGGCCGAGCAGCCGACCGCAUCGGACGUAAACCGGUCCUAGUCUUCUCUUUAUUUGGCGUGACUUUAGCGACUGGCUUGUUCGGAAUGGCAAAGAGUAUCGCACAGAUGAUCAUGUUCCGAUGCGUUGCUGGUGUCUUCGCCGGGACUAUCGUUACCAUACGUACGAUGGUGGCCGAGCACAGCACCCCCAAGACCCAGGCUCGUGCAUUUAGCUGGUUUGCUUUCAGUGGAAACUUGGGAAUCUUCCUAGGACCGCUCCUUGGUGGUGCCCUUGCUGAUCCCGUGCGUCAAUUCCCACGCGUUUUUGGAUCCAUUCACUUCUUCAAGGUCUACCCCUACGCCCUCUCAAGUCUAGUCAUCGCAUCUAUCGGAGCUACCGCUGCCAUUUCCAGUGCCCUAUUUAUCAAAGAGACUCUGAAGAAAGAGGCACCUGCGGUAGAGGGUGAUGGUGACGAGACUGCAUCCCCUGCGCCCUCCCGCCGCGGUGACAUGACGACUUGGCAGCUUGUGAAGUCACCAGGUGUGGGCAUGGUGCUCUAUGUGUACGGCCACGUUAUGGUACUCGCAUUUGCCUAUACCGCCAUCAUCCCAGUCUUCUGGUACACUAAAGUUCACCUGGGUGGCUUCGGCUUCACUCCUUUCCAGAUUUCCCUCAUGAUGGGACUCAACGGUGCCGCCCAAGCCGCCUGGCUUCUUCUGGUAUUUCCUCCGCUGCAACGAAAGAUCGGAUCGAACGGGGUCAUUCGCGUUUGUGCUUAUAGUUAUCCGUUUUUCUUCCUAUCCUGCCCCCUUGCGAAUGUCCUUUUGCGCAUGGACACCGAGGCCUCACUCAAGGUUUUUUGGGUCUUCGUCCCGGUGUUUUUGACCAUUGGUUGCGGUGUCAGUAUGAGCUUCACGGCAAUUCAGCUUGCCAUCAAUGAUAUCGCCCCUUCGCCAAUGGUCUUGGGCACACUGAAUGCUCUGGCCUUGACACAUGUCAGUGCCUUAAGGGCAUUCUCUCCCGCCCUUUUCACCAGUCUUUUUGCAGUCGGAGCAAGAACCCAAUUUCUCGGAGGCUAUGCCAUCUGGAUACUUUUGUGUCUGCUUGCUGGUGGUCUGUCGGUUGCUGCGAGAUAUCUUCCCGAGCCGAAGGAGGCCCGCAAGCGGUGA